ACCGAGUCUGCACGCACCAAGAUGGCGAACGCCUCCGCGAAGCGAACUGCCCAGCAGAAUGCGGAGACAAUCAAGAACAUGGAGCGCGGCAUGCUGGCUGCGGGUGUGUUCUCCGUGCUCCUCAGACUACUCUUCAGAAAGGGCGCAUUGUCCCCUAGUGGUAUCUCGUUAUGGUUAUUGGUCCUCUCCAAUAUACCGUCUAUAUUCCUUUCCCGAUAUUUGAAAAGGAUUGGUUCUCCGAGACGCGACCCUACCACUGGCACCCUGAUCUCAUCCGGUGAAGACCUUGGCCACCCUGGAAUCAUCGAGUGGGCUUUUGAUGUCAUAUACAUCACAUGGGCAUGCCAGAUUGGGAGCGGAGCAUUUGGAGAAUGGUUCUGGUGGUUAUACCUGGUGAUACCUCUAUAUGCUGUCUAUAAGCUGUGGACGGCCGUGGUGUCCCCGCUGUUGCUAGGACGGUCAGCGCCGACUGCUGCAGACGACAACGCUCCGAAAGAGCCGUCGAGCAAGAGACAGGAGAAAUUUCGCAAACGAGCGGAGCGUGGAGAUCCCCGUGUCCGUAUGCAACCCGCAAAAUGAUGGUAUGCAGAUGAUAUCAUGACUGUCAUGUACACUACUUGAUCUAGACGAUUCAUGGAUAACAAGUUGUGAAGUACAGUUCUCAC